AUACUGGAUCGAAGGACCCAAAAGUCUUUUCUGGCAAUGCUGUUCCACUUGUCAAACAGCAACAUUCAACGAUUCCAUUUCUUCGAGAAAUAGGGAGAUGGGAGUUAUGGCGGCGUCCGGUAUUGUUGUAAACCGACCUAUUGUGGAAAAAUUGCAACAUCUCCUUCAAGAUUCAACGUAUCGCGAUGCUGUGGAAAAUUCAGCGUCUUUCAAUACUCGGAUGGCGUUGGAAAAAAGAAUGAGAUUACCCUUUCUAGAUGCACAGACUGGUGUUGCCCAAAACCACUGUCAUUUAUGGAUGCAACCUCGCCAUCGCAUGCCUGGACUUACUCCAGAUCAAGUCUACACUUACCCUGCAAAACGCUGGCGUAAGAAACGGCGUUCAUAUUUGGUGACAUAUGCUCAGUCUCCUAAGAAAAAAGAAAUUGCUCCUCCUCCUGAGGCAGAAGUAGAAGCACCAGCUAUUGUGGAACCUUUAAUGAGUACAGUUAUUCAACCAAUCAAUGAAGACAGCAAGGAUAGCACUACCCAUGCAGUGCUUUCAAAUAAAGAUGAAGCAUCUAAGGAGGGCUGGUAUUUUGAUGAAUUACAGCCUGAGCAGGAUGAUUUUGAGGAACCAGAUGCAGAUUCAGACUUUGACUACGAGGAGAGCAACAAAAAGAAAAAAAAGAAGGCUAUGAUGAAAACACCUGCAAAGACGCCAAGCACGCGUGGUAGAAAGAAGCAGAUCCCAAUGAAUUAUGACGCAACAGACACGGAAAAGCCUUACUCGUGUGAAACUUGUGGUGCACGAUACAAGACUCGCCCCGGUCUCACCUAUCACUACACUCAUUCGCACAAGAAUUUGCUUGAUGGAGGCGGUGAUGACGAGGACUCGGGACCGGCCACUCCAACGGCCGCAUCCAACAAUGCGGGAGCUGGCAUGGUUUCCAGUCCCUCCACUCCACUUAAUCCGAUGCACGGACAGAGCAUGAUGUCCUCACAUGCUGAGACCCCGUCAGGACGUAGCCGCAGCAGUCGUCACGGACCUAUGCAACAACCGCCAAUGGCGUUAGCUCCGAAUAUGCAAUCUGACACGCCAAAACGAAUUAAUCCGCCGCACCCCCCAACCCCGCUCAACACGCAGUUCAAUACAAUCAGUGGAAGCAUCGCAGCCGGUAUAGCUGUACCGCCAGUAACGUCUACAGCAAGCAAUGUUUAUACGGGACCCGUUGCUGCACCCGCUGUACGUGAAAUGGAAAUGAAAGCUCGGGCUCCUCCCUCUCCUUAUUGCGAUUUUUGUCUAGGAGAUGCUACGGAAAACAAGAAAUCAGGCCAUCCAGAGGAGCUUGUGUCCUGCGCAGACUGUGGGCGUUCUGGACACCCAUCAUGCUUGCAGUUUACUGCCAACAUGAUUAUCUCGGUCAAGCAGUACCGCUGGCAAUGUAUCGAGUGCAAAUGCUGCAGUCUAUGUGGGAAUUCGGACAACGACGAACAGUUGCUGUUCUGCGAUGAUUGUGACCGUGGCUACCACAUGUAUUGUCUAAAACCACCACUAUCCGAGCCGCCAGAGGGAUCCUGGAGUUGCCAUCUAUGUCUCGUUAGCUUUCAUCGCAAAUAAAGAAAGCCCAUUUCAUCUCGCUUCGUGAAGCAACCGUUCUUUCCCCCAGUUUUCCCCAUCGGCCUUCCCGAAAAUAUCCGUUGCCGUUUCCAGCGACUUUCUCCGAAAUGGAUAUAAUUUUCUGAACGUUAAAACAGUGUAUCGUUUCAUGUUUUUCACCAGGACAAUGGCACUCGUCUUACUUCUUGUGCUCGUCUUGAAUUCUGUUGCCAUCCAGGAAAGGAAAAACAAGACGAUUGCACAUUCAUUUGAUCUUCCCCUUUUAGCCUCCGGUUACAUCGUCAAGCGAAUAUUUUUUACCUGUGUGGCAUCGGAUACAAUAGAAAAGAUGAUGUUAGAGAUAUUCCAGAAGAUUUUGAUGGAAUUACUUUCCGUUAUUUCUCAUUUGUCUCUUGAGAGUUGUCACUUUUCUCGUCAACUUUCAAUGCAAAUAAAAUUGGCAUCCUUUUGCUCUGAA